AUGAAGGUUUUAGCUAUCUUAUACAAGGGCGGUGAGGCCGCCAGCAACGAACCCCGUCUCCUUGGUACGUGUGAGAACCAACUGGGUAUCCGCCAAUGGUUAGAGGCUCAAGGACACGAGUACAUUGUCUCCGACAGCAAGGAGGGACCUAAUAGCGACUUCCAGAAGCACAUUGUUGACGCCGAGGUGUUGAUCACCACUCCCUUCCACCCUGGGUAUCUUACCCGCAACCUGGUCGACAAGGCGAAGAAUUUGAAAAUCUGCAUUACCGCCGGUGUCGGAUCUGACCACAUCGACCUGAAUGCUGCCGUCGAGAAGAAGAUCCAGGUGCUCGAGGUUUCGGGCUCGAACGUCGUCUCGGUCGCCGAACAUGUCGUCAUGAGCAUCCUCCUGCUCGUCCGCAACUUCGUCCCAGCGCAUGAGAUGAUCGAACGCGGUGACUGGCAGGUCUCUGAGAUCGCCCGCAAUGCAUUCGAUCUGGAGGGCAAAGUUGUCGGUACUAUUGGCGCCGGGCGUAUUGGGUAUCGUGUCCUCCAGCGGCUCGUGCCAUUCGACUGCAAAGAGCUCCUCUACUACGACUACGCCCCGCUUCACCAGCAUGCUGCUGCUGCGAUCAAGGCCCGUCGUGUUGAGGACCUUAAGGACUUUGUUUCUCAGUGUGACAUCGUUACUGUUAACUGUCCACUGCACGAGGGUACUCGUGGCUUGGUUGAUGCCGAGCUCCUUUCCCACUUCAAGAAGGGUGCCUGGCUUGUCAACACCGCUCGAGGUGCCAUCUGCGACAAAGAUGCCGUUGCGGCAGCGCUCAAGAGCGGUCGGCUCUCCGGCUACUCUGGAGAUGUCUGGAAUGUCCAGCCUGCGCCGAAGGAUCACGUCUGGCGAACCAUGAAGAACCCGCUCGGCGGCGGUAACGGUAUGGUCCCCCAUUACUCUGGCACGACUCUCGAUGCACAGGCCCGCUAUGCCGCCGGCACCAAGUCCAUCUUGGAGAACUACCUGCUGGGCAAGGAGCAGGAGCCCCAGAACAUUAUCGUCGGCAUUGGCAAGUACGAGACCAAAGCCUACGGCAAGCGGUAG